AUGGCACCACUUGAUGACUCCACGCCGGAAACCCGCUUCGACAGCUUUGACAUCUACCGUACUUCAUACAAGGAGAUUGACAGCAACAAAAUCGAUGUCGGCAUCUUAGUCCCCAAGAAGCUCAAACCGGGAAAACACCCAAUCCUCGUCAAAUUCCAUGGUGGAGGUCUGAUUACAGGUGACUGCGUCUACGCACCGUGGUUCGCAGCCUACUUCAUCCCGCUAAUCCACCGCACCAACGCCAUCGUGGUCUCGCCCAACUACCGCCUGGUGCCCGAGCACAGCGGCGCCGACAUCCUCGAGGACCUCGCUGACUUCUGGAAAUGGCUUCACAGCGGCGGUAUAACGUCCUACCUCGCGAGUCAGGGGGUCGAGGUGGCAUUGGACUUUGACCGUGUCCUCGCGUCUGGUGACUCCGCGGGCGGUUACAUGGCGCUGAUGUCUGGCUUGCUGCAGCCGAAGGGCAGUAUCAGGGCGAUUCUCGCACAGUACCCCAUGACAGAUAGUCUGAGGCGCGAGCCAAGUGAGCUUUUUGCUGAUCUGCCAGCCCCCCCGGAGAGUUUUGUCGAUGAGCAUAUGAAGACAGUGAAGCCGGGUGUCGUCGUGUCGUCGUGCGUACCGCCAGAGCGAAUGGAGCUCUCGUAUGUGCUCUCUGCGUACGGUCGGUAUCUUGAGUUCUUUGGCAACGACAAGAUGAUGUGGCCGUUGUACUUGGUGGAAGACAAGAAGUGGCUGCCGCCAACGUGGAUACACCAUGGGGAUGUGGAUACGGCGGUCAGCAUUGAGGACAGUAAGGCGUUUGCGGCUAAAUGCGAGGCUAUUGGUGGAUUGGAAGUUAGGUUGAAGGUUGUAAAGGGCGUGGAUCACGGGUUUGACACUCAAGCGAAGGAAGAUGAGGAGCCUUGGUUGAAAGAGGGGCUGAGGUGGGUGGAGGAAAAGUGGCUCCUGUGA